GGCGGCCAUGGACGACCUACAGAGAAACCCAAAAAGGAGAACAUUCUGGAUCUAACUAAAUACAGCAACAAGAAAAUCAUUGUGCAGUUCCAAGGAGGUCGUCAAGUUGCUGGAAUCCUCAAAGGCUAUGAUCCACUCUCCAACUUGGUGUUGGACGAUGCAGAAGAGUUUAUUCGAGAUUCAUCAGAUCCGUCAGUAUUGACAGGAGAAACUCGCAAGAUUGGACUGGUGGUGACUCGAGCACCACCCAUGGUUCUAAUCUCACCAUUUGAUGGAACAGAAGAAACAGAAGACCCAUUUUCAGCUGCAGAG